CUUAGGGUCGAGAGACACGAGCAACUCCUUGUGAGAAUUCCAUGCUCGAUAGACCUUACUGCGGCCGGGUUUCUCGGAUCCGGGCAGGGCGACAGAGUACGGCUUGCCCUUGGGAGGCGGCGUGCGCAGCUCCUCUGCCUUGGCGGCAUAGGCGGGUUGUUGCGAGAAAAGCAUAUUGAAUUUGCAAAUGCACUUUCAAACAAAACCUAGAUGCGACCAGCUGGUCAGUAGGAAAUGCGAGGGUGUCUUCACAAAGGACAGCUCACUAUGCAAGUAGCAGGAGACAACAGGAGAAAGCAACCCAGCCGUAGAGAGCUGUCCGCAAACAGAACAAGGGAUGCGAGAAGGAAGAACAAGAGCAAACUGCGGAUAGGAGCAGGAGCAGGAGCAGGAGCAGGAGUAGGGGUAAGAAUAGGAAUAGGAAUAUUUAGGACACCCCGGACGAGAACGGCAGAUUGGCCUGGAGAAGGGACAAGCAUGUGCUUUCGCAUCUUCAAAAAGCUGGCGGGCCAGGCAGGCGGGCUGGUGGGGAAGCACUGGCCAGUAGCCGCGAAGCAAGGGUUACCACCCGCAAACUGCCUCGGCUGUUGCCCAGCACGGCCUAGCGCUCUCCACGGGGCAGCUCAUAUAAUAAGCAUAAUACCAUGUAUAAUAAUAAUAAUGCGUCGGCAUAAGCUGGCGCAUGUGAUGGGGUUGCGAGAGACGAGACCCGAGAGAUGCGGGGAUGCCUAUACGAGAGAUGUAUGCGAUAAUUAUAUGUUGUAUUCGAGCAAUUACUAAGAUAUAAAAUACAUGCCAGAGCCAGCCAAUCACGCCCGUCGGCGAAAUGUCUCUUCAAAGAAAUAGCCUCUGC